CACGAUUUUUUAAAGUCAGAAAAUAAUAAAAUUCAUAAAAAAAAUAAAAAAUAAAAACAAUUUGUUGAGGUUUUGAUGUUGCUUCAAAUGAAACACAUUUUAGAUCGAUGAAUUGUAAAAUUGUGCUCCAGAAGAAUCUCAGGAUGUGUUUAACAAGGUUUAAUAUUCUUCAUGCCAUUACAUUACAAGAUGGCACUUUUCUACUGCAUUUCUAUCUAACUAUUGGUAAAUUGUGGUCUUUAGAAUGUGUUUUAAUUGAUGGAAUACCAAAAUUUUUAUCAGAUUUUUUUUAUGAUUUUUCAAAGUCAAAAAAUAAUAAAAUUCUUGAAAAAAAAUCCUUUCGAUAUUUCAAUGCUUCACAAGUUCUGGCAUAUACUAAAAAUCAUGUUCUACGAAUAUUAAACUCAUGACACAGGUAAAUUUCCAAUAACACAUGAAAUUUAGAAGGUAAUCAUCUGACACACCCAAACACCAACAAAUUUGAAUCUAAAAGUGUAUUUCCUCGCGUUGAAUCAAAGGAACAGAAUGGAACUAUGGCAAUCAAUGUUUGUGUAUAUAUUUAUAGUAUUUGAUUAUAUAAUAGAUGUUACAAAUCUCCAAUUAAUAUUUGAUUAUUCAAAUUACACACGGUUUAGAGAAAACAAUAAAGAGAUUGUAACGGUCAAGCUACAAGUUACUUCCCGCCCAUUAAUUCAAAGAACCGGUGUGCCAUCGAGCACCCCCUAGUUACUCUAUUUCAUUCUCCUUCCUCUGUCAUCCUCUCUGAGCUAAGAAGGCAUGGCCCAAUGCGGUGGUGGCAACAACGACAAGAGUAAUGGCGGUGGUGGUUGUACUUGUAGUGGCAAGAAGAAGAUCAAUGGUGAUGGUGGCCGCGACAAAAAGUUCGAGGAGUUGCAGCCACACCCAAUAAAAGAGCAGUUACCAGGAGUUCAGUACUGUGUUAACAGUCCUCCUCCAUGGACUGAAGCUAUAGUGUUGGGUUUCCAGCACUAUCUUUUAACUCUUGGUAUUACUGUCUUGAUUCCAAACACAAUUGUUCCUCAAAUGGGCGGAGGCGAUGUUGAGAAGGCUAGGGUGGUACAAACCAUGCUCUUUCUUUCAGGGUUGAACACACUCUUGCAAUCUCUAUUUGGGACCAGACUUCCCUCGGUGGUAGUGGGAUCAUAUACUUAUGUACUCCCCGCAACUUCAAUAAUCCUAGCCAAUAGAUACAAGGCAUUCACAGAUCCUCAUGAGAGGUUUUUACAAAGUAUGAGAGGCAUACAAGGGGCUCUAAUUGUCACCGCCAGUUUUCAGAUGAUUGUGGGCUUCCUAGGCUUGUGGAGAAAUGUUGUAAGGUUUCUGAGCCCUCUUUCUAUUGUGCCGUACAUAACCUUUGCUGGACUUGGCCUCUAUCAUCUUGGUUUCCCUAUGUUGGCAAGAUGUGUUGAACUUGGUCUUCCAGAGUUGAUCAUCGUGGUAUUCAUCUCACAGUAUCUUUCUCGUUUUAUAAAUACAAAGUGGCAGAUAUUUGACAGAUUUGCAGUCACGUUCUCUGUUGGAAUUGUGUGGUUAUUUGCACAACUUCUUACCUCAAGUGGUGUUUAUGACAACAAACCUGCGAGCACUCAGAUGAGUUGUCGCACUGACCGUUCUGGCCUUCUUGCUGCAUCUCCCUGGAUAUACAUUCCAUAUCCAUUUCAAUGGGGAAGCCCCACUUUUAAUGCAGGAGAAGCUUUUGCAAUGGUUGCUGCCUCUUUAGUUUCUCUCAUAGAGUCGUCUGGUACAUUUUAUGCUACAGCAAGAUAUGGGAGUGCAACACCUGUACCCCCUUCUGUCGUUAGUCGGGGUGUUGGCUGGCUAGGUGUUGGAGUUUUUCUGAAUGGGAUGUUUGGUUCUCUAACUGGCACUACUGCAUCAGUUGAAAAUGCUGGUCUAUUGGCAUUGACAAGAGUUGGAAGCCGUAGAGUUAUCCAAAUUUCAGCUGGUUUCAUGAUAUUCUUCUCUAUAUUUGGAAAAUGUGGAGCCCUUUUUGCAUCUAUUCCCAUGCCAAUCAUAGCAGCUCUUUACUGCAUCUUAUUUGGCUAUGUUUCAUCUGCUGGUCUUGGUUUUCUACAGUUCUGUAACUUGAACAGUUUCAGAACAAAAUUUAUAUUGGGGUUCUCUUUCUUCAUGGGAAUUUCAGUACCACAAUACUUCAGAGAAUAUAGGUUGGGGCAUAUUCACUGUGGUCCUAGAUGGGUGAGAGCAUUAAUUUUUGAACCAACAGUGUCACAAAUUUUUCUUUUUUUCCUCUGCACCAUUAUUAGCCUGACUUAUUUACUGUUCGUUAUUUUUCAGUUUAAUGAUGUAGUGACAGUGACCUUCAUGUCUCACACAUUAGUAGCUGCUCUGGUUGCUCUUAUACUGGACUGCUCGCUUUCGCGAGAAAAUGAUGCAUCUAGAAAAGACAGUGGCUUGAACUGGUGGGCGAAAUUUGGGGUAUAUGGUUCUGAUGUUAGGAAUGAUGAGUUCUAUGCAUUACCAUGCAGUCUGGACAAGCUUUUCCCAGCUCAUUGAAUCUCUAAAACCAAAUAAAGGGCAUAGAAAUUUCUGCUUAGUUUUGUAAUCUGCUUGUACACUUAAAUUCAUUCUUUAGUUUCCUAAGCAGUUCUGGUACUACUAUUCCAGCUCUACAUUAUUUACAAAAGUUCGUCCAGACAGACAUUUCUACAGUUUCCUUGAUAUCUGUGAUGUCCUAUUGUGUUUGGACAUAGUAUACUAUUAGUCUUUUCCUUUUAACUUAU